AUGAUUCAAGCAAUCACUCACUCUCUACUCAAACUAUCAUUUUGUUUAUAUAACUAUUCCACUUGUAAUCUUCUUUGUCAUCUCCACCGCUUCCAUACCACCGACAAAAGCUUCAACACCGACAACAAUGGCGACCAAGCUUCUAGCUCUCUUCAUCAUCUUGAUCACUUUCACACACCUGCAACUGAUUCAAUGCAUUGUUACUUAUGAUCACCGAUCUUUAAUCAUCAAUGGCCAAAGAAGAAUCCUCAUUUCUGGCUCUAUACAUUAUCCUAGAAGUACCCCUGAAAUGUGGGAUGACCUUGUAGUUAAAGCGAAAAAUGGUGGGCUAGAAGUGAUUGACACUUAUGUGUUUUGGAAUGUUCAUGAACCUUCACCUGGAACUUAUGAUUUCAGUGGAAGAUAUGAUCUUGUGAGGUUUAUAAAGACAGUGGCACGAAAUGGGCUUUACGUGAAUUUACGGAUUGGGCCUUAUGUUUGUGCUGAAUGGAAUUUUGGUGGUUUUCCAGUAUGGUUGAAGUAUGUUCCUGGUAUCAGCUUCAGAACAGAUAAUGAGCCAUUUAAGGCAGCUAUGCAAGGAUUUACACAGAAGAUAGUAGAGAUGAUGAAGGCUGAAAACUUGUUCGAAUCACAAGGUGGCCCGAUCAUCCUCUCACAGAUUGAGAAUGAGUAUGGUGCACAAGGGAAGUCACUUGGACCCCCUGGAAAAGCGUACAUGAAUUGGGCCGCAAAAAUGGCAGUCGAGCUGAACACAGGCGUCCCAUGGUCCAUGUGCAAGGAAGAGGAUGCACCUGACCCCGUGAUAAACACAUGCAACGGCUUCUAUUGUGACACUUUUACUCCCAACAAGCCUUACAAGCCCACAAUGUGGACGGAAGCGUGGAGUGGCUGGUUUACUGAAUUUGGAACACCAAUUGAGCAGCGUCCGGUUCCUGAUUUAGCAUUUGCAGUGGCUCGUUUUGUACAGAAAGGUGGCUCGUUUUUUAACUAUUACAUGUACCAUGGUGGAACUAACUUUGGACGCACGAGUGGAGGACCGUUUAUCACCACAAGCUACGAUUAUGAUGCUCCUAUCGACGAAUAUGGCUUGACUAGAGAACCCAAAUAUGGCCAUUUGACCGAGCUUCAUAGGGCCAUUAAGCUAUGCGAACCGGCUUUUUUUUCUUCGGAUGCUAAAUAUAUUUCUUUAGGACAAAGACAAGAUGCAUAUGUAUAUGAAGGACAAGGAAAAUGUGCUGCAUUUUUGUCCAACUUUGAACAGACUUCUGCUGUAAGAGUCGCGUUCAACAACCGGCAUUAUAAACUACCACCAUGGUCUAUUAGUAUACUCCCCGACUGCAAAAAUGUCGUGUUUAAUACAGCGAAGGUUGUAACUCAAACUUCACGGAUGCAAAUGUUGCCGAGUGGUUCUAGUUUACAAUCAUGGGAGACUUAUCAUGAAGAUAUUUCUAUGUCAGCAGAGGGGUCAACAUUGACUUCAGUUGGUCUUUUGGAUCAAAUCAGUGUUACAAGAGAUACAAGUGAUUACUUAUGGUAUUCGACUAGCAUCGAGAUUAGUCCACAGGAGACAUCUCUUCAUGGAGGACGAAGACCGACACUUACAAUUCAUUCUAGAGGUCAUGGAGUUCAAGCUUUUGUCAGUGGAAGACAUUUUGGGUCUGCUUAUGGUUCCCCAGUGAAGACUAGAUUAACACUUAGUGUACCAAUCGAUCUUCGAAGUGGAACAAAUAGAAUUUCACUGCUUAGUAUGGCUGCCGGACUUCCAAAUGUUGGAACACACUUUGAGUCACGGGAUACCGGAAUCCUAGGACCGGUUUUGCUUGAUGGACUUGACCAUGGAAGGGUUGAUUUAUCGAAAGCGACAUGGACUUACAAGGUGGGGUUGAAUGGGGAGACAAAGAAUUUAAUUUCGCCAAAUGGCAUCUCAUCAGUCGAGUGGAGUCAAGCUUCACUAGUCAAGCAUGGUCAGCAGCCAUUGAAAUGGUACAAGGCGUAUUUUGAUGCACCCGAAGGUAAUGAGCCACUGGCUUUGGAUAUGAAGAGUAUGGGCAGGGGUCAGGUUUGGAUCAACGGUCAAAGCAUAGGAAGAUAUUGGACAGUGCAUGCGAAUGGAACGUGUCGGCCAUGCAAGUAUCCUGGAGCCUUUAGACCCGGGAAAUGCCAAGCGGGUUGCGGUCAACCAACUCAACGAUGGUAUCAUAUUCCUCGAUCAUGGUUAAAGCCGACGCAAAACCUAUUGGUGCUAUUUGAAGAAGUUGGUGGGAAUAUAUUGAAGAUAUCUUUAGUGAAAAGAACACAAGCCCACGUGUGCGCUUCUACUUUUGAGCACCAUCCGGUCAUUGACAACUGGCAAACCGAGAGCUCGGGUGAGACAAAAAUGCUUCACGACACAAAGGUCCGCCUGAGUUGUGGGGUCGGUCAGUCCAUAUCUGCGGUUAAGUUUGCAAGCUUUGGGAAUCCUUUUGGAAUUUGUGGAAGUUUUCAACAGGGCACUUGUCAUGCACCAAACUCUCAUGAACUCAUAGAGAAGACAUGUGUUGGCCAAGAGAGUUGUGAAGUGAUUGCCUCAAAUGAGUAUUUUGCAACAGAUCCAUGUCCUAAUGUCUUGAAGAGGUUAUUGGUGGAAGCCGUUUGUUCUAUUAAACCGAACUAGGACGAUGACAUGACCCGGCGACAUUAGUAAUUUGCCAAGGUACAGUCACGCACUUGUUAGGCUUUUGUUUUCAGACCUAGAAACUAAUAAGGAAUAUCCUAGAAAUUAGGCACCAUGAAUAAUGUGGUUUUAUGUAUACUUGAGUGAUAAAAUGUGUACAUAAUAUAUAUGCCACACAAAAGAAAAAAUUUUGGUGGUCAAUGUUGUGCGGAGAGAGAGAAAUAUGAUCGCAUUAGAUCGAUCCAGCGGGAAGUAAUUAACGACCGUGUUAUAUGGUCGCUUGCCUCUAUUAGUCGAGGUGAGCAUACUGUUCUUUCUUAAUUAUUGUUGUAGAAGUUCUGAUUUCUUUGUUAUGUUCUCUAAAGUGGAUGUAAUUUUUUAAUUAA